AUAUGUAUAUAUUUUAAAAGCUUGCUAAAAACGCUCGUCAGCAGGAACACUGCGUAAUGCUCUGUUCGUCGUGGCAUUCGUUUUCCUACAGUCAUUUAAGUGUGUUUGGUUGUUCGCAUAUUCCUACUGAUGAAUGUGCGCAUGUAUUGGGCCCUGUGGCACAAUAUACAAAAUUUGUUUCAAAACAUCUAGUGGAGUCGUUGGCACUGGUCUUGCAGGUUGCGUCCACUGUUGUUUUGUUUAGUUGCUCGAACUCAUGUACGAAAUGUACGUACGCGAGUAGGUGUACAAGUACGAACCAGUUGCCGGGUUGUUUUUGAUCGUGACAUUGUCAUAAAGUGCUAAAUAGGGCCUUAAGUGAACGAGAUUUUUACGCUUGUGCAUUCGUUUUAAUAUUUACCUAUCGAGAAGUUAUACAACAUAUGAUCACAUACAUAUCAAACUUAGCAAAGAAAUGGCCAAAAUAAUUUUAUACCUUUUUGUGCUCUGUGUCGUGUUGAUGCACCAAUCACGUGCCAACCCGAUCGGUGGAAAAGCGCUUGUGGCUACUGAGUUUAUGGUGUUGCACAACAAUGACAUGCAUGCUCGUUUCGAACAGACGAACGUAAAUGGCGGCAACUGUUUGCAAGCGGAUGCCGAUUCCAAUAAAUGCUACGGCGGAUUCGCGCGAGUUGCACAUGAAGUGCGAAAAUAUCGAGAAGAGGCGAAGAACGGUGGCACACCCGUGAUUUAUUUGAAUGCUGGCGACACAUACACCGGCACGCCAUGGUUCACUAUUUUCAAGGAUAAUAUUAGUGCAGCAUUCCUGAAUAAAUUGCAACCAGAUGCAAUUUCACUGGGCAAUCAUGAGUUUGAUGAAAAAAUUGAAGGUCUCCUGCCAUUCCUGGAAAAAGUUAAUUUCCCCGUUUUGACAUGCAACUUGGAUUUAAGUAAGACGCCCGAACUGAGUGCGGCCAAGAAUUUAAUGAACUCAACAGUCCUCGAAGUUAACGGUACAAAAGUUGGUCUAAUUGGUUAUUUGACACCCGAUACCAAGUUUUUAAUAACACCCAACACCCUUGAAUUUAAAGACGAAAUUGAAUGCAUUAAUGAGGAGGCUGCAAAGUUGAAAGCACAAGGUAUAAACAUAUUAUUCGCUUUGGGCCAUUCAGGUUAUCAAACAGACCAGAAGAUAGCGGCUAAUUGUCCAGAAAUUGAUUUGGUUAUUGGCGGUCAUUCACACACAUUUUUAUAUACCGGGAACGCGCCCGAUGUGGAACCUAUUGAAGGCCCCUAUCCGACAAUUGUGAAGCAGCAGAGCGGCAAAGAAGUGCCAGUUGUGCAAGCAUAUGCCUACACAAAAUAUUUAGGAAAAUUGCAUUUACAGUUCGAUAAGGACGGAAAUCUGAUCGAAAUUGAUGGCACGCCAAUUUUGUUGAACGCUGAUGUGCCACGAGAAAGCGAUAUUCUACAAUUACUUGAUGUGUAUCGUCCAAACAUUACCGAUCUGGAGAACACAAUUGUAGGUCAUACAAAGGUGCAAUUAGAUGGUCGUUCGACUGUGUGUCGCAGUGUGGAAUGUAAUUUGGGCAAUUUAGUUGCUGACUCAAUGAUUUAUGCUCGAGUUAUCGAAGACCAAGGUGGUGCUUUCUGGACUGAUGCACCAAUUGCAAUCAUGAAUGGCGGAGGUAUACGUUCCGGAAUCGAUAAGCGCUCGGAUGGUUCAAUUACAGAAAAUGAUGUUAUAACUGUUCUGCCGUUUAAGAACAAUUUGUAUGUGAUUAGUAUAUCUGGAAAACGACUACGCGAAAGCCUCGAAUUGUCGGCCAAAAAACGCACUCAAGACUCUAAUGGCGGUUUUCUACAAUUUUCUGGUUUACAUGUCACAUACGAUUACCGCAAUGAGGAGGGUAGUCGGGUUACUUCGGUGGAAGUACGCUGUGGUGAAUGUGAUAUGCCAGAUUACGAACCGUUGGACGAUUCCAAAACAUAUAAGAUUAUAUCUACUGCAUUCUUGGUAAAUGGUGGAGAUGAAUACAAUUUGGUUGAGAAUGGUACAGAACCCAUAUUGAUGAAAUGGAGUGAUGAUGAAGCGCUAGUUGAAUAUUUAAAACAUCGUGAUUUCAUAUAUCCUGAAUUGGAAGGUCGAAUUGAGGUUAUUGAGUCAAGCACCUCCGGCGCAUCGGAUGCCAAAUCCUUUAUAAGCCUAACUCUUGCCAGUUUAGUAAUGUUUUUUCUUCGAGCCAUCCAUUAGAUAUUUAUCUGCUUUAUAAACAAUCGCCCAAAUAAUAUUUUUUAUUGCAUUAAACAAUGUGCUUUUAUUAAAUUACAAAAAUUUGUAUAAAUCUUUAUGGGGGCACAUUUCAGAUAUUGAUUAUUAAUAGCACAAACGCAAUUUUACAUUAAUUUUGAACUUAAAAAUAUAGAUUACCAAAAACUUUUCGUGCAUCUCGUUUUGUAUAAUAAAUAACAAAAAAAAAAUAUGUUCAAAUGAA